GAGAUAAACAAGAAAGCUUCUACAUACCUAUCAUCACUUCGAGUCGGAAAAGCUUUCACUUUUGUGUACUGUUUGAACAAUUGUCGUGAUAAAAGAAAACAUUGUCCCGUGUAGUGUAUUACCAGUGAUACACUACAAGAGUAGCACAGCUGCACAGGUGUCGAGUGUAAAUAAUCAAUUCUGUGUGUCCCAAAAUUGGCUUUUCACUCCUGGCCCACGAGUAGGAACGAGCGGACGUGUGUUGCUCAGCCGUCCCCAUACCUACCUACUUUUUCGACCUGGAAAGAUGACAAUUCCGGCGUUAUCUCUUCGGAAUUGAUUCCGUUUGCUGGACGCUAUAAGUCGACCAUUUUCCUAACACGACAGUAUUUCGAGAAAGUGGUUUUUUUUUUUGAUUUUUUCUAAAUAGUGUGUCGCAUUUAAAAAGGGGGUAACGUUGAAGCGAAAAAUACCACAACGAUGAGGCUGCAAUGUGAGUUAAUGUUGACACUGGUAUUCCUAUGUGGAACGGUGUGGUCGUUGUCUCAUAGAGUGCCUCCUGGACUUCCUACCAGGGAUGCUGAGUUGUUGAACAACAAUUUCUUUCGGCGACUACGCGAGAUGAUUAUGGAACGAGCGUACGAGGAUGCACUCAAUGACGUGGCAGAUGAAACUCAACAUUUGGAAAAACCUGUAGACACAUCGCAUCUGGACAGCCCCCCUAAGCCGAAACUGGUUGAGAAUUGGCCAAUGGUUAAUCACGAGUUCGGACAGGUCACAGCUGUGGCAAUCAAUCCAGCUGGUAAUCCUGUAAUAUUUCAUCGUGGACGUCGUGUUUGGAAUGAGGAAAGCUUCAACGAUACCCACUAUUACCAGCAGAUCGCAGAGGGACCAAUUGAGGAUAGCACUAUCCUCACGCUGAGUGCUCAAACAGGUGAGGUAACCGAUGAGAGUGGCAGCGGUAUAUUCUACAUGCCCCACGGUAUGACGAUCGACAAGAAUGGUAACAUGUGGCUAACCGAUGUGGGACUGCAUCAAGUGUUCAAGUUCAUGCCCGGUCACGAUUAUCCCAGCAUAACUGUUGGUCGUCGGUUCGAGCCUGGAUCAUCAAGAAACCAUCUGUGCAAGCCUACGGCAACCGCCGUAGCCACUACCGGAGAGGUAUUCAUAGCCGAUGGGUACUGCAACAAUCGGGUGCUCAAAUUAAACGCGGCAGGUCGAUUGAUACGGAUCAUUCCUCAGCCACCGGAGUUUCUGUCGUUACAGGUACCACACGGACUUACCCUGCUGGAGCAUUUGGAUUUGAUUUGUAUCGCCGACCGCGAGAACAUGAGAGUGGUUUGCCCCAAGGCUGGUCUCAAAUCAUCCUUCGGUGAAGGAACUCAAGCGGCGACCAUACAGGAACCGGAUCUUGGUCACGUAUAUGAUGUAGCCGCUUACGGAGAUCUGGUGUACGCCAUCAACGGUCCCACGGCCGAUAUGAUUCCAGUUCGUGGCUUCACCAUCGAUCCCCGAUCGGAGACCAUCAUCGAUCACUGGGGAAAGUUCACCAAUCCGCAUUCGAUUGCUUUCUGUUCCAAUGGGUCCGCCAUGUAUGUCACCGAAAUCGGACCGAAUAAGGUUUGGAAGUUUGAACUGGUUUAAGAGGGGGAAUAUCAGUCAUACACCGUAUGAAUCAUGCAGUAUGUUUAUAGAAAUAACAACAGUGAUGGAAAAUCAGUAUAUAUUACUCGGAACAGGUAUCGAAGCCGUUAGUGUAUAAUGUCCAUCAAAAAUAUUAUCCAUCACAAAGAAUAUACUUUAUAUGCAAAAAAGUAGCGCAAAAUGUCUAAGACUUACAUAAUCAAAGUGCGUAAUGCCUGCACGAAGAAAUGACCAUCAUUCUAACAUGGGAAUGUGAUUGAAAACAUGGAUUCCAGUCGUAUUUAUGAUUCGUUACUUUAACAGUUUUGGGGGUCAUCUUUAUCUCUAUUGUUUAGUGGUAUUAACAUUUUACCGGAUUCGGUUCAUAUGCUUAGCCUUCUUCUGUUGAUAUGAAAACAGCUUUUGGAAACAUAGUUGGAAGUAUUCUGAAACGAUACGUAUUUAGUAAAUGUUGAAAUUAUCUUAUAAUUGUAGUCUCCAGCAAGUGGUAAACACAAGAAUAUCAAAAUGUAGAAUACUGCUAUCACAGCAUUGUAUAAUAAAUAUUUAUACGUAGUGUUAA